AUUUAUGAGAAGGUACUUUAUUUCUACUAUUAUAGUAAGUAGGGCACAACUAUACAAAAGUCAGAAAAAUCAAUUAAAAGUCAAUCUGAAUACUCGGAUCAUAAUGUUAGUUAUACUAGCACUAGGAAAGAUAUGCUUAGUGAGAGACUGGUCAAUUCAGGGGAAUAGGCCAGACUUGAAGAAUAUUUAAAACAAAAAUUCAUAGACGUUGGUUGGAAAGAUGACUUGAAAAAUCAUGCAAAAUGUUUAAAAUAAUAAUAUCAUUAGAAUUUAUUAGAGAGAAUGGACUCAAAAUUGUUCACAAGGAAGAUUUAUAUAAAUUAUUAUCUGUCAAAGGCAAGGAAACCGUUCCAAUGAAAUUAAGAGAAGACAUAGUUAGAAGAUUAGAAAGAUUCAUAAUUGAACUUGAAUAGGAAGAAGAAGGUGAGUAUGAUGAUGAAGAUGAUGAUAUUUGA